AUGGCUUUUCGUAGGACGUACUCCAGUAACUCCAUCAAAAUCCGAUCUGUCGAAGUCGGACCUUCGAGCUUCCAGAAGAUCAAAAUGCUUGGUCGGGGAGACGUGGGAAAGGUAUAUUUGGUUCGAGAGAAGAAAACGUCUAAAUUAUAUGCAAUGAAAGUUUUGUCUAAGAAAGAAAUGGUGCAGCGGAAAAAGAUCAAGCGUGCACUGACGGAGCAAGAGAUCCUCGCCACCUCCAACCAUCCAUUCAUCGUCACGCUAUAUCAUUCAUUCCAAUCGGACGAAUACCUAUAUUUCUGCAUGGAAUACUGCAUGGGCGGCGAGUUCUUCCGUGCCCUUCAAACGAGACCUGGGAGGUGCUUGCCGGAAGAUGCGGCGCGGUUUUACGCCGCAGAAGUGGUUGCGGCAUUAGAAUAUCUACACUUAAUGGGGUUUAUCUACAGGGAUUUAAAGCCGGAAAACAUUCUUCUCCAUCAGUCUGGACACAUAAUGCUGUCGGAUUUCGACCUUGCAAAGCAGUCGGGAGAGGGUGGUGGAAGGCCGCCGACGAUUCACCAGUCGGAACCGAAUGGGGUCCCUCUCGUUGACACCCGCUCUUGCACCGCAAACUUCCGGACAAACUCCUUCGUGGGCACGGAAGGCAAGUUCCCAUUUGCGUUUCAGUCAGCGUGUGGCGUUGACGAGACUGUGUUCGUAGAAUACAUUGCUCCUGAGGUCAUCGAAGGACAAGGCCAUACCUCUGCCGUGGAUUGGUGGACUCUGGGCAUCUUGAUCUAUGAGAUGAUUUAUGCGACUACGCCGUUCAAGGGUGAACACCGCAAUGACACCUUUGCCAAUAUCACCAAGCUACCGGUUCACUUCCGGGACCAACCGAAAGUAUCUUCGGCUGGGAAAGACAUUGUUGUCCGGUUGUUGGACAAGAAUGAACACACUAGGCUUGGUAGUAUGACAGGCGCCAGCGAAGUUAAACAGCACAAAUGGUUCGCCAAGAUCAAUUGGGGUCUGUUAAGGAAUAUGCGGCCUCCGAUUGUACCUGCGUCUUCUAAUGGCAUUGAUGCUGUCAACUUCCGACACAUACAAGAGUCGACAUCAGUACACCUGGACAAGGGCUCGUUACACUUACAAGGUGUAGCCGGUUCAGCGCCUGUCCUGACACUACCCGCCAACGGAAGCUUCGCUGCUCUCCCAGGAAAGGGUCUUCCUGGUUCACUCCCUUCCACCCCUGGCGUGGACGAUGGUAUGGAACACGUCGACAUGGCGAGCUUGUUUGGCGGGUUCAGCAACGUUACCCUUGUCCACGACGGUGAUACUUGA